GCCGUAGCGUCGGCAGCUAGCACGGAGCGCGAGCUGAAGAGACGAACGCAGCGGACAAACACACAAUGGCGACGGCGGGGACUACUGCAGGCGGACCGGCCACCGGCCCGGUCGGCGGCGGGACCGCAUUGGGACGUAAAAAAGACGGCGGCCCGUCUACCAAGUUCUGGGAGAGUUCGGAGACGGUAUCUCAACUGGAGACGGUUCGCUUGUGGAUCAUGAAGCACUACAAGAAGUAUGUCCAGAAUGACUCCCCCUCCAGCAAGUCUUUAGGGGGUCUGGUGGUCCAGCUGCUACAGUUUCAGGAGGAUGCUUUUGGCCGCAGGGUCAACAAUCCCGCUCUCACCAAACUUCCAACCAAAUGUUUCCUAGACAUGAAGGCUGGUGGCGCCCUCUGCCACAUUCUAGGGUCUGUGUACAAGUUCAAGAGUGAGCAGGGCUGGCGUCGCUUUGACCUGCAGAACCCAUCCAGGAUGGACAGGAACGUGGAGAUGUUCUUAAAUGUGGAGAAGAACUUGGUCCAGAACAACUGCUUGACACGUCCCACCGUGUUUUUGUCCCCGGACAUCGACCAGAAGCAGGCCAGCAAGCUAAAGGAUGCCAUCAAGAGACACCAGGGCUCCAUCACAGAGGACAAAUCCAAGGCCACACACCACAUCUACCCUUCGUCAUCUCAACCAGAGGAAGAGGAGUGGCUCCGUCCAGUCAUGAAGAAGGACAAACAGGUGCUGGUCCACUGGGGUCUGUACCCUGACAGCUAUGACACCUGGGUUCCAGCUGGUGAAGUUGAUGGAGACGUGGAGGAUCCCCCCAGCACCGAGCGUCCAUGGAAGGUCCAUGCGCGGUGGGUUCUGGACACAGACGCAUUCAAUGAGUGGAUGAAUGAGGAAGACUACGAGGUGGAUGAGAACAAGAAACCAAUCAGCUUCCGCCAGAAGAUCUUCCCCAAGGAGGAGGAGUCUUCCCGUACCCCCGAUCGCAAGGAGCGCAAGGCCAACAACUCCGCUGGCAAGAAGAGGAGGCGCUCCCCAUCACCGCCCAGCACUCCCGCCGAGUCCCGCAAGAAGGGAGGGAAGAAAGGGAACCCUGGACUCCACUGGAAGAGGCGUGGCCACAAAGGCGAGGAGGAGGACACAGAGGAGGAUGUGACCAAAGACCUGGACGAUUCGUCGGCCGGUGCAAGCAUUGAGGAGGGCAGCAUGACCAAGAAUGAUGACAUGGAGGAAGAUUCUGUGAUGUCAGCUGGGAAGGACGAGGAGGACCAGAGCAAGGCAGAAGUUAGCCGUCUGAUGGACACCAACGAGGAUAAUGUCACGGAACAGACUCAUCACAUCAUCAUCCCAAGCUACAGUGCCUGGUUCGACUACAACUGCAUCCAUGAGAUUGAGCGACGAGCACUGCCCGAGUUUUUUAAUGGGAAGAACAAGUCCAAGACCCCUGAAAUAUACCUGGCAUAUCGGAACUUCAUGAUUGACACUUAUCGACUGAAUCCCCAGGAGUAUCUGACCUCCACGUCCUGCCGCAGGAAUCUGACGGGCGACGUCUGCGCCAUCAUGAGGGUUCAUGCCUUCUUGGAGCAGUGGGGUUUGGUGAACUAUCAGGUGGACUCUGAGAGCAGGCCGCUACCCAUGGGCCCCCCUCCAACCCCUCACUUCACUGUGCUGGCCGACACCCCUUCUGGUCUGAUGCCUCUCAACCACAGACCUCCUGUGAUACCCCCUCCUCAGCAAAUGCCCAACUUUGUGGACAAGGUGAAAGACAAAGCCAUCGACCUGCAGAACUUCGGCCUCCGCAGUGACCUGUACAAGAAGAACGCAAAGCAGGCCAAAGCAGCGACCUCCACCCGCGAGUGGACUGAGCAGGAGACUCUGCUACUGCUUGAGGCACUGGAGAUGUACAAGGAUGACUGGAACAAGGUGUCGGAGCAUGUUGGCUCACGAACACAGGACGAGUGCAUACUGCACUUUCUGCGACUGCCCAUUGAGGAUCCGUACCUGGAGAAUUCUGAGGCUACUCUGGGUCCUCUGGCAUAUCAGCCGGUGCCCUUCAGUCAAUCUGGCAACCCUGUGAUGAGCACCGUGGCCUUCCUGGCCUCUGUGGUUGACCCCCGAGUGGCGUCCGCUGCUGCCAAAGCUGCGCUGGAGGAAUUCUCUCGGGUGCGUGAAGAGGUCCCGUCUGAGCUGGUGGAGGCUCACGUCAAGAAGGUGCAGGAGGCAGCAAGGAACACCGGGAAGGUGGAUCCUGCUUUUGGCCUGGAGAGCAGUGGCAUUGCUGGUACUGCUCCAGAGGAGCCAGAAAAGACAGAAACAUCAGAGGCGGAAAAAAUGGAGACCGACUCGGACUCACAGCAGGGUGACAAGGCCGAGUCCAAAGACGAGGCGGAGAAACCUGCUGAGUCUGCAGAGAAGAACGACAAGGGGGAGACAUCGGACAAGGUGAAGAAAGAGGUGGGGGAGGUGUCGGAGCGGGAGGAGGAGAGCGAGGACGGCAUGGAGGACAAGAGCUCUCCAGCAGACAAAGACAAGGAUGAGGAGAUGGAGACGUCGUCCUCCGAGCAGGAGAAGGAUAAAGAGGAGAAAGCCUCAGCAGAGGAAGGAGAUGACAGGAAGAAGAAGCUAGAGCAUGACAUUGGAGAAGGAAACAUCGCCACCGCUGCUGCUGCCGCUUUGGCGUCAGCUGCUACUAAAGCAAAGCACUUGGCGGCGGUGGAGGAGCGCAAGAUCAAGUCUCUGGUGGCUCUGCUGGUGGAGACGCAGAUGAAGAAGCUGGAGAUCAAGCUAAGGCACUUCGAGGAGCUAGAAACCAUCAUGGACCGUGAGAAGGAGGCGCUGGAGCUGCAGCGGCAGCAGCUUCUCACUGAACGUCAGGCCUUCCACAUGGAGCAGCUGAAGUACGCCGAGAUGAAGGCCCGGCAACAGAUGGAGCAACAGGCGGCCGCCGCUGCCGCUGCUGCCGCUCAUGCCCAAGGUCAGACUCCUGGGUCUGGACCUGCUCCUCCAGGCAUGCACCCUGGAGGACCUCACCACGGAGGGCCUCCUCACCACGGUGCUCCCCCGUCUCACCACGGCGGACCUCCCCCGGGGGCCGCCAUGCACCCCGGCUACCCUCCGAUGGGCCACCAUCCAAUGGCACCGCACCACCCGGGACAGAGCGGACCCAUGGUGCCCAGUCAGCCAAUGCCUGGUCGCAUGAUGGCCGGCCCCCCUUCUGUCGGCCCGGUCCCUGGUGGGAUGCCUCCUAUGAUGCCACCGCGUCACCCCGGAGCACCCAACGGCAUGUACCCCGGCCCCCCUCCUGCGCAGGCUGACGCUGUGCCCGCCGUGCCCCACGCCCCUGUGGCUCCUUCAGCACCACCAAGUGGACGAGUGACUGACAACUAAGACUCACGCACAUUACACACAAAAUCACAGGCAAAAUUCCAAAUUUUUCUGAUGGCCUUUGCUACUGGCUCGGUAGUCUCCCCAUCUCACCCUGAAUAACUGCGGACGUAACAUACACACACUCUCUCAGGGUCAGCGGCGAAGGGUCGUCUAGUAAUAAACACUGUUUUCUGCUCUGUUGAGUUGAAGCUGCGUCUAAAAGUCUGCAGUUUCUCUAUGCUUCGUUUUCUUCCAUCAAUAAGUAACACGUCUCCUACCACCAGAGGGAGUUAGAGAGUCCCAACCACCGGUCGAGGGGAACCAUCCAUGGAGAGUUUCUACCACUCUCCACUUAACUAUACACUGAAGUCAGCUGUGAAGCGAGGUCACACCCGUACUCUCCUCUGAAAAAGAAACACCUGUUGGCACUUGUGGGCCUGCUUUGCUCCAUCAGUAGCUGGUAGCUAAUAUUCAAGUUUCCCCUUGAAGAUUCUAAGGACCCAGUGCUCCUCCACCGGAACAUAUUUUUGUCAUGUUGCGAAACACACCAACGCUAGCUGGUUCGCUAAGACUCUGACCGUCAGACACUGUAGCUUACAAGCCCCGCCCCUCUGCUCACAGCUUCCUGUCUACCUCGCUAGCUUGCUCCUUUGCUGUCUGUUUUCUACUGAAGCUUUAUCGGUUCACCGCAGCAGCAACACGCUGAUGAUGGAAGCUCAGCUCAAGUGUCGAUCAGGACUCGUGUCAUGGCCUCCACUUAAAUAAUCUGUGUCAUCACCGCCGCACCAGGCUUCUUGCUCGACUCUUCGCCACACGUGACUUAACCCCUGCGCCCCCGACUUCCCACUGCUCCUCCGCUAGCUACCUCCUCUAGACCCUCCUGGCCUACCUCUCCCUCCUUGUUUCUUACCGCUCGACUGCUGCGUCACGGGCGUUGCCCUCGUCGUCCUGCUGGACCAGAACCCGACGUUGCCCACCUGAGAACGUCACUUGGUAUGAUGCGUUACUUUCUGUUGAUGGUCGUGUAUUUUUAAAGAUUUUUGUGUAGAUGGACGUCGAUGUUCGCUUGUAGGAUUUUCUUUUCACUUAUUUUGUAUGUUGAGGUUCUGUUGGUACUUGGACCUGGACGCCGUCAAAUAAACUGUUUUGUACGAGA